GAGCAUUACAAAAGAACCGUAACCGCCUUGCCUAAUUUUUGCAGUUAUUGCAUUUGUCAACUUUACAAUGAACUUUGUACGGGACAUAACUGUGAAACAACGAGCGAAAGGUAUCAACAAGAAACUAAUUCUGUAGAUAGAUCUCUUUGAAUAGAAGUGCAAUGCAAAGUACAGUAAAUCUGCUGUGCCUAGUUUUGGAAUUAUUGCACUUUUAACCUUGUCCUGGACAUAAUUAUAAAACUACAUGAUAAAUAUUUUUCUGUGUCGGGGAGCAUUAUCCGGUUUAAACGGCUCUUGUUUGGACAUGCGAAAGCCAAUUGAUGUUCUAGUAUACUAGUUUUGCGUUAUAAAAACCAAUGCAUGUUUAUUCAGGUUGAAGUCAUGUUCUUUAAUGAUCCUUGAAGUUAACAUUAUCUUAUUGACUAUUUCAAAAAAAAAUCUUUUGUUUAAUUAAUGCUUAUUUAAUCAAUUUUCGACAUUUUUUGAAGCUGUAGCCGACGUUCUAGAACACUUCCACCAGCUUGAUAUAGAAACACUGAAAGUGAGCUUAUUCUAUGAGUGUUUACAGCUUACAGAAAAGGAUGCAUUCGACUUGUCUGUACCUGACCCUGUAACACUUUUUGGCAUUGAUAAUGAUAAACUGGAGUUUAUCAAAAGAGACCCCCCAUAUGGAAAGCUUAUACAUGGACACAUGCAAGCUUGUUUUGCAGAGAUAGUACGUAUACAGAAAGGAAAGGUAGAGAUAAAUUGUACAAUAUUGCCAAAUGCAAUUAAAUCAAAUCGGUUAGUGAGGAAAUGGGGAAAGAAUGCUGAAGACGUAUUUCAAAAAUGUUUGGAUGGUAUAACCAUUAUUUCUGUGCAACAAAGCUCAGCCGUUGUAAGGGUUGUCAACAUGAGUCUACGUGAAACAGACCAAAAUAUUACGUACAUCGCCGAUGAAAAGAACAGCACUGUAACUCUGAUUGGUGAAACUAAGACUGUAAAGACUAUUGUUGAGUUUAUGAACACAACUGCAACAGAAACUGAAGAUUUGAGAAUAGAAGAAAAAGUUGAAUUAUUUGACAGUGUUGAAGUGAAAAUGUUGCAAAAAAUGGGUUACAAAAAGAUCGCCCACAUUAAAGUUCCAGAUGUUGAAAUUUCCCUUUCUAAUAUAAACAGCAUAAUCACGAUGAAAGGUAUGAAAUCCGAUAUUGAAAAGGCAAAAUUACAAUUGUUUGAUAUGAAAAACAAAUUUGUGUGCUUUGUCAUCGAAGGCAUGUCAUCGCAGGAGAAAGAGUUAUUAAUGAAACAGGAAACAAUAAAUUAUGUUGAAGAGAGAUUAAGAAAAGAAAAUGUUGGAGAUGUCGAAUGGAAUAUCCGGAACGGGCAAUAUCUGGUUGUUUGUUGUCCUGCAUCAAAUGAUAUUGCAUAUUGUAUCAAUAUUUUCAAAACGUCGGUCGUUAUGAGUGUGAUAAGUCUUAGAGGCCAUUCUAAUCCAUUACGCGAAUUUGAACUCUGGGAGAACAAGGUACAAGAAUUAUACGAAAUGUAUGGCGGAAAGAUGACAAUUAACGUUGAGGAACAUGCAUUUGUUCAAUUAUGUUCAACAAAUGAUAUAUCGCAACCACUGGUGGAAGAUAUAACUUCGGUAAUACAGUCUUGCAAAAAGCAGUCGGAUAUUAAAGAUGUGAUAGUUUCAUCAGAGGGCUAUGCAAGUUUCAGCGAAGAACUAAAGGGAUCUGAUGGAUAUGGCAGUAUGGAAAUUGAAACAGAAAAAAGCAAACUCCAAUACGAGAAAUUUCAAAACCAAAGUAAAAAUAUGGAACGGUUAAAAUUAUGGCAAGAUCAACGAGGUUUUACCGACACACGAGAAGAGGAUAAUCAUACUAAACCAUAGCAAUCACAUCAAAGCAGUUCUUUGAGUGACGAUUACAGCUUUGAAACUUCAAAAGUGUAUGAAGGACAUCCAAUUCUUGAACAGCAAAGACGACUCUUUGAUGAACUGACUAAAUUCAAGGAACCUCCGACUAAAAGUUACGUAGAGGCGAAAUUUUUGCAAGCUCGAUCAGGUUGGGAAACAUUUUCCGAGAAGAGGCGAAU